GUAGACUGAGUACGAUAAUCUGGCAACAGCUCAGUCUCUCACACGUGGGUCGCUGCGCCGCCACCCUUGGAUCUCCAGCCCUCGUGUCCUCGCUGCCAUGAUGUCCAGAGCCAGGUCCCUCGCCGGCCUCUGUGCCAGGCAGGAUGUGGGGCGCCUUCUCCAGCAGGGCUCGGCACAGGGCAUGCUGGCACAACACAAUGCCCUCAACAUGCAGACCAGAUACAAGUCCGAUGGCGUCAAGGGAGCAGUCAUCGGCAUUGAUCUUGGGACGACCAACUCCUGUGUGGCGGUGAUGGAGGGCAAGGCAGCGAAGGUCAUCACCAACGCUGAGGGCGAUCGCACAACACCAUCCGUCGUGGCGUUUACCAAAGAUGGAGAACGUCUGGUCGGCAUCCAGGCCAAGCGUCAGUCUGUCACCAAUGCCGGCAACACCUUCUAUGCCACCAAGCGACUCAUCGGCCGGAAAUACGAAGAUAAGGAGAUUGUUAAGGACAGGGACACGGUAGCGUUCAAGAUCGUGCGUGCCAGUAAUGGUGACGCCUGGGUACAGACCGACGAUGGCAAGAUGUACUCCCCCUCGCAGAUCGGGGCCUUCGUCCUCACCAAGAUGAAGGAGACGGGAGAGGCAUAUCUCAACACACCUGUCAAGAAUGCCGUCAUCACUGUCCCAGCGUACUUUAACGAUUCACAGAGGCAGGCAACCAAAGAUGCCGGCCAGAUUGCGGGACUAAAUGUUCUACGAGUCAUCAAUGAACCCACCGCUGCAGCUUUAGCUUACGGCAUGGACAAGACGGAGGACAAAGUCAUUGGAGUGUAUGAUCUUGGUGGCGGGACCUUUGACGUCUCCAUCCUUGAGAUCCAGAAGGGUGUGUUUGAGGUGAAGUCUACCAACGGUGACACAUUCCUGGGAGGUGAAGACUUUGAUAACACACUUGUCAACUUCCUGGCUGCUGAAUUCAAGAAGGAGCAAGGUGUGGAUGUGACCAAGGACAACAUGGCCAUGCAGCGGCUGAAGGAAGCAUCCGAGAAGGCCAAGAUCGAGCUGUCAUCCUCCAACCAGACUGACAUCAACCUCCCUUACCUCACCAUGGAUGCCUCCGGACCCAAGCACAUGAUGUACAAGCUCACAAGGUCAAAGUUCGAGGGCAUCGUGGACAAGCUGGUGAAGCGUACCGUUGACCCGUGCCUCAAGGCCAUCAAGGACGCGGAGUGUUCUAAGUCGGACAUCGGAGAGGUGAUCCUUGUGGGUGGAAUGUCCCGCAUGCCCAAGGUGAUUUCGCUCGUCCAAGAAAUCUUCGGCCGCACUCCCAGCAAGUCCGUGAAUCCCGAUGAGGCCGUGGCUGUGGGUGCCGCUAUUCAAGGAGGCGUGCUGGCUGGCGAUGUCACGGAUGUCCUGCUACUGGACGUCACACCGCUGUCGCUGGGUAUUGAGACCCUGGGUGGCGUCAUGACCAAGCUCAUCAACAGGAACACGACCAUCCCCACACGGAAGUCACAGGUGUUCUCCACAGCUGCUGACGGCCAGACGCAAGUGGAGAUCAAGGUGCACCAGGGCGAGAGAGAAAUGGCCGGUGAUAACAAGCUAUUGGGACAGUUUAGUCUGGUCGGGAUUCCUCCUGCCCCGCGUGGAGUCCCCCAGAUUGAAGUUACGUUUGAUAUUGACGCCAACGGUAUUGUCCACGUCUCUGCUCGGGACAAGGGCACGGGCAAGGAACAACAGAUUGUGAUCCAGUCCUCCGGUGGUCUGAGCAAAGAUGAGAUUGAGAACAUGAUCAAGAAGGCCGAACAGUACGCCGAGGAGGAUAAGAAGAGGAAGGAGGUGGUGGAAGCCAUCAACCAGGGCGAGAGCAUCAUUCACGACACAGAGAGCAAGAUGGAGGAAUUCAAGGAUCAGCUGCCAUCAGAAGAGAGUGAGAAGUUGAAGGAACGUUUGAACAAGGUGAAGGAACUCUUGGCUAACAGGGACUCGGCAGACCCUGAGGAAAUCAAGAAGGAAGUCUCUGAGCUCCAGCAGGCGUCCCUGAAGCUGUUUGAGAUGGCUUACAAGAAGAUGGCUUCUGAACGAGAGAGCAGUUCGUCAAGCACAGAGGACAAGGAUAAGGAGAAGAAGAAGGAGGAUAGCCAACAGUAGAGUGAUAGCAUGAAAUAUUGAAUGUAAAAAUUAGGUCGUUGCCAGCAGUCAUUUUGCCUUGGUGACAGGCUUGUGUACCUAGUGCUGUAUGUAUUUAAGUAGUUAUCCGUGUAAAGGAAAGGCAGAUCUCCACAAGCCUGUGACCGAUGUGAAUCCAGAUCAAUUCGUUGAGCAUCCGUGUUCCCCUUUUAGGAGUCAAGUGGGUGACCGCAUGUAUAGUGUUGGUAGGGCAGAGAAAAGUAAUUUAAUGAAUUGCUACGUGUAAAUCUGUACCUAUUCCAAUAUGAGUUAAGGUUAUGUUAUAGUUUUGUACAAAAAUCAUAAAAUAUGUAUAUAACAUAUAUAAUACUAUUAAACCAUUUUGUUAAA